AUGUGCUGCCAUGCUGCAGAAUGAGCUAUAGGAUUAGCAGGAACACUACAGGAUGUGCAGCCAUGCUGCAGGAUGAGCUAUCACGCUACAGGAUUAUUAAUCAUGCUACAUAAUUGUAUACUGUCAUUGCAUUUUUACUCAAGUCUUCCAUGAAAAUUACUUAGGGUUUUUUCCUGGAAAAAAACUAUAGAAAAUUUAUCAUUUGGGUUUUUUCCUGGAAUUUUUUUUUAA